AUGUACUACAGCCUCUACACCCGCGUGGCUACUAGUGAUAGCGAUUUCUUGCCAUAUCUUUGCCUACAGUCGCCUGUUCUUUCACUCCGGUGCCUACUUGAUAGACUUAGCGGAGCGUCAAGUUCCGUCGAUGCCCCAGACUACUCGAAGAAAAUUCAAAAUUGCGACUUCAACACAAUGCUCGCGGAAUUUAGCCCCGUCAUGUAGUUUGAAACUACAACGCUGUGCCCGCUCAUAAAUUCGUGGUGAGGGCGGCAUCCAUCACCUGUGGCGCGGACAAGACUACUUACAAGCAAGAACAUCUUCCCAGCUUUGUACUGGCAAGGCUAGGUUCGCGCUCACGACCGACCUUUAGACGACAUCGCUUCGAGCAGGCUUCGGCUGUCUCCUCCAUUUAGGACAUCCUCUCCCACACUGCACUACAGGUGGAAAAAAAUCAAACAAAAUGGGAGAGGGGCAAAAAAGUACGAAAAGCUGCAGUGGGUGCAGCUGCACGAAAAGAGUUGACGUUUUCCGUG